CCCCGCCUGAAUACUCAAGUGAUGUAAGCCCGGCAGACCCCAUUGGCCACCUGCACAGCCCGGCUUCCCUACUACAGUUAUAAAUCAGCAGGUCUCCCAACAAGCAUGACACGAUCCAUCACACUCAUCCAUGCUACUAUUGCUUUGAUUUCUCCUAUUUCCUUUUCUCCUCGUUUCUUAAGUUCUGCUCACUUGCUAAUCUAUCCCUAAACCACUAUCCUCCAUCUGACUAAGCCUUAUCCACACACAUUUUUACAUCGCUAUCGGUAUUGAUCGUCAUCAUGACACUCUUGACCAGCCAGACUUCAGAAGGUUCAGGAUCACCCCCUGAUGCCGAUACACCAACGGCAGGCUCUAGCUCUAGCUUGGGCCCCGUACCCAGCGGUCAGCUGAGUUCUAGGGCGCGGGUCUCGGGUAUUGCCCGCGAAUCGCAAGCCUCUGCUGCCAGGAGGGACAGAGACAACAACAGACUGCACAUCACGGCAGACAGUAUGCGUUUGUCCGUCAACCACCGUUACAAGCACUUUCAGGCACCAAUUGUGACUUUUGAGUGGGACAUGCAUGAUCUAUGGCACACAUACUACCUCGCGAGCAAGCACAUCUCGGCCCAGCACCCUGCCCAGGAUCGUCUUGCACUGCAACUCAUUGCACUGAAAGGGCAGGGUGUUUUGAAUCGCCCUAAUCCUAAAAAAGAGAGCGCAACAACUGCCAUAGAAGUUGAAGAGGCUAUGACAGCCAACGGUCGUAUCUGGGCUGACUUGCCAUUUUUAGUCGGCGACAUGACCCAGUACUGGAUCACUGACUUUCCCAAGAUGAGUGCGGCACAACGUCUCAACUUUGCCCAGUUUCUAGCUAAGCUCGCUAAGGUGUCUUUGAUCGCAGAAGAUGACCUUUGCGGCAUCGGGCUUGUAGUGCUCCGCGAUGCGCUCGAGACCACCAGACCCCUAGGUCAGAUGCAGCUAGAGGAAGGAGCGGUCAUCCAUGCGAUCGACGAGGAGGAUGUCCUCCGAAGAGCCCACGAUAUCAGCAUUGCUGGCUUACUGCCCAGCGCGAAUGCUUGGCUGUUUGAAGCAGGUGCAAAGCUCAUCCAGCUUUCCGACCAGAACUGGAACAACUGCACAACUGCAAGUGGUAUAGCUGGGGAGCCUAUUGGGAUGCAUGCCCCUGGUUUCAGCUCUCAGCGGUGGCUAUACUGGCUGAGACGACUCGAGGAAAUCGCUAAUGCUGCUGCAUCUCAUUCGCCAGACCUAUCCGACUAUGCCGCGAAGAUGGUGGGAAAUAUGCUUGCCGCCGUGGAAGAGGCCGACGACGCGAGUUUAGUGAAAAGAGCUGUCCGAGAGAACCGGUCGGCUACCGACAAGCGGAAUCAUGCCCAUAUACAGCUUUUGGGCGCACCCGGACAUGGGUAAACAGCGCUUGGCAGGGGCACUGCAUAUGCAUGUAAUCAUAUACAAUAGAGACAUAGCAUUGUGUCUUCAACGUACUGAUUUUCUUCCUAAAAGCCAGGAGUCAUACACGUACUACGCGCCACAUCACACCUAAUCUGACCAUUCCAAUAAUCUUCAAUGGCAUAUUACCUUUGACAGAGGGGACUCUUCCCGUUCUCCAAAUCCCUAGCACAUCCUAAUCCUAUUUAUAACAUACCUAGAACUUAAUGUUACUUUUACGCUUGACCAAGUAGGCAUCUUAGUUGCCCU